AUGGUAGAAAUAGAAACUCCCUUCCGAGGGCAGAGGUUCCACUUCUCAGACAGGCUGCCAAAGGCUUCCAUGCAAGAACUUGCUCUGGUUGCAAAAGUGACCACAAAUGCCAAGCGGGAAGCGGCCGAGAAGGAAAGGAGCCCUUUGCCUCCCUUCCCCUUUGACCCCCUUCUCAGUGGGGUCCAGGGAAGGCCCUCAAACCCCGCUCUCCGGCCUCCCUUUCGACUCCAGAUAAGGGCAGGCUGGUCCCAAAACAACCUCCGGCAGCAGACAAACAAACCUCUUUGCAGACCCGCUGUGGCCUUUGGAGAGCAGCCAGAUGUUCCCAAGAUGGGGAGACUGUUGGGGAAAACUAGCCUCUUCUUUGACCAUGCCGGCUUGGUGGCCGGAGGGACGCAAGAGGCUUCUUUUGGAGACUCGGGAGAUGAAGCAGGAGCUGAGGAGGGGGUUGGCAAGGCUGAGACGCGCACCUCCCCCUCGCUUGCCAUUGGCGGGCGCGCCGAGCGGGCGCGUUUAAAAGGAACUACAUUUCCCGGCGGGCGCGCGAGAGGGUCCUGCGUGCGGGCGGAGAGAGAGAGAGAGAGCGCGAGGGGGCUGGGCGCGGCUGCGCGUGCGGUGGGCGGAGCUACGGCGUCCCCGAGGCGAAGCGGCUGGGCGCUGGCGGCGGCGGCGGCGGCUUCCGAGGGGGCGGGGCCCGGCGGGCGGCGAGCAACGGACGGCGAGGAGGCGGAAGGCGCCGCGGGGCCCGCGCUCCCUCCGGCCGCCCCGACAGCCAUGGGCGAGCGCGGCAACGGCGCCCAGCAGCCGAAGAGGCGGACGGGGACCGGCGGCGGGGGCUCUCGGCAGCCCCGCGGCGGAGCAGGAGAGGCGAGCCCGGCGCAGCGCGGCGCGGGGGACGGCGCGGAUCCCUUCUCCGACGCCCACUUCAGGUGUCACAAGCUGCAGGAUUCCCUGCUCAGCUCCGCCAGCGGCUUCAGCAACUACCGGGGCAUCUUGAACUGGUGCGUGGUCAUGCUGGUCCUCAGCAACGCCCGCCUCUUCCUGGAGAACCUCAUCAAGUAUGGCAUUCUGGUGGACCCCAUCCAGGUCAUCUCCUUGUUUCUGAAGGAUCCCUACAGCUGGCCAGCUCCAUGCCUUAUUAUUGCGGCCAACGGUUUCGCCCUGGUGGCCCUCCACGUAGAGAAGAAGCUUGCAGCGGGCUCCUUGUCAGAGCGUAGCGGGACCAUCCUGCACACAUUCAACCUCCUGAUGGUGUUGUGCUUCCCUGCCCUGGUGGUGCUGGCAGUCACCUCCAUUACUCCAGUUGGGGCCAUCUUUGCCCUCUCGGUCCACACCAUCUUCUUCCUCAAGCUCUUCUCCUUCAGGGACCUCAACAAGUGGUGCCGGGAGAAGAGGUCUGCGAAAGCCGCCCGAGGACACACAGCUUCGGGGCCACAGAAGGCCAACGGGAGCGCCAUUCCACAAGAGGUGGCCUACCCAGACAACCUGACUUACAGAGACCUCUACUACUUCCUGCUGGCCCCGACUCUGUGCUACGAGCUGAACUUCCCUCGUUCCCCACGGAUCCGGAAGCGCUUCCUUCUGCGGAGGCUCUUUGAGAUGCUCUUCUUUCUGCAGCUGCUGGUGGGGCUGAUUCAGCAGUGGAUGGUGCCCACAAUCCAGAACUCCAUGAAGCCCUUCCGGGACAUGGACUACUCCAGGAUGAUCGAGCGUCUCCUGAAGCUAGCUGUCCCCAAUCACUUGAUCUGGCUCAUCUUCUUCUACUGGUUCUUCCACUCCAGCCUGAACUUCAUAGCCGAGAUCUUGCAGUUUGGCGACCGAGAGUUUUACCGGGAUUGGUGGAACGCGGAGUCGGUGACGUAUUUCUGGCAGAACUGGAACAUCCCAGUCCACAAGUGGUGCCUCAGGCAUUUCUACAAGCCCAUGAUAAAGAGGGGAGCUGGGAAGUGGACGGGUCAGGUGGCCGUCUUCCUCGCUUCUGCUUUCUUCCAUGAGUACCUGGUGAGCGUCCCCUUGAAGAUGUUCCGGCUGUGGGCGUUCAUGGGCAUGAUGGCUCAGAUCCCCUUGGCCUGGUUCGUGAGCCGCUUCCUCUGGGGCAACUACGGGAACGCGGCGGUGUGGAUAUCCUUGAUCAUCGGUCAGCCUAUCGCCGUCCUCAUGUACGUCCAUGACUACUACGUGCUGAAUUACGAAGGAAGCCAGUGACUGACUCUGCCGGCCGAGGCUCACGUUUUCCGUCCUGCCUCUCCCUCCUGAGGAUCAGCCGGGGGUGGGGUGGGGGCUGGCAGUGGGCAGCCUCCCCCCUCUGGCCUUUUCUGCUGCCUCCCGGGAGGCCCGGCUCCAUUGAGGGCACCAGCCCAGGCAACGACGUCAAUUCUCCUCCGGAGUGGGCCGGGCGGGGGGCAGCCUCACGUGUGUUAUCUCGUCUCGUGUGUGUGUGUGUGUGUGCGCGUGCAUGUGUGUGUGUGUGUGAUGGUUGCCUAUCCGGUACUCUUGAGUCCGAAUAUACUGGAUCAAUGCAAUAACCUUCCUGGUGCCCCAGUUUUUAGCGGGUCCUCUGGCAGGAUUUGAUCCCUUGAGCCGUUGCCAUCCAUCCGUGCAAUAGAAACGAGGACUGAUGCCAACCGUGCCUGGCAGGGCAGAGGGAAGCCAGGACAUCAAACGGGUGGGCAAAGGGGGCUGCCUCCCUGGCACUUUAAAAGGACUCAGGUUUAUUUGGGGGCCUCACCAGUCCCAUCAGCGGAUGAGAGCAGCCCCGUUCCCUCCCUCCCCUCCGGGGUUCCCAGCCUCCUUCGGUCUGCCGUCUUUCACGGGCCUGGGGCUCCAGGGCUCACCUGGCUCCUGCCUUCCCUAGAACCGGGGGGGGGGCGAAGGCUCAUCUUUGCUCCUGCAGGGCUGCCCCCAGUUCUCUGCACUCCUGGCUCUCCGUCCUGACGCAGCUGGGGCUGAGCUCUGCACGUGUCCCUGGGACUCUGUCCGGGAGGGUGGCAGGAGCCAUGUCUGAUUCCUGGGGUGGGGUACUCCGUGGCUCGACCGUGUUUUUGUCAACCCAGCGACUUUUUAGAGUUUGCAGAAUGUAUCUGCCCGGUACAAAGUGAUUAAAGCAUAUUUUCAAAAGG